AUGGAGACAAAUCAAGAAUGCUCCUUUGACAGGCCAGUGAAAGAAAAGGAACGCCAUGUUAAAGCCAAUGCCCGGGAUUACAAUGAUAAGUUCCAUUAUGCUGACAAUCGCAUCAAAACCUCAAAGUACAACGUGUUCACCUUCCUGCCCGUUAACUUGUUUGAGCAGUUUCAGAGGGUGGCCAACGCUUACUUCUUGGUGCUGCUGAUACUGCAGUUAAUUCCAGAGAUUUCCUCUCUGUCCUGGUUCACAACAAUCGUGCCUUUGGUGUUGGUGCUGGUCAUCACAGCAGUUAAGGAUGCCACAGAUGAUUAUUUUAGGUAUAGGAGCGACCAACGAGUCAACAACCGCCAGUCUCAGAUUCUCAUCAAGGGCAGAUUGCAGAAUGAGAAAUGGAUGAACGUCAGAGUGGGCGAUAUCAUCAAACUGUCGAACAAUCAGUUUGUUGCUGCCGACAUCCUCCUUCUCUGUAGUAGUGAGCCCUAUGGACUGUGUUAUAUUGAGACUGCAGAGCUUGAUGGAGAGACUAAUCUGAAAGUUCGUCAUGCUCUGACUGUCACCUCAGAAAUGGGAGAUAUUUCCAAAUUAAUCGACUUUGAUGGAGAAGUGAUUUGUGAGCCACCGAACAACAAGCUGGACAAAUUUACAGGAACUCUGCUCUGGAGCGACAAUAAAUACCCUCUUGAUAAUGAAAAAAUGCUGCUGCGAGGCUGUGUGCUCAGAAACACUGAAUGGUGCUUUGGAUUGGUCAUCUUUGCAGGGUGGCAAACCAAACUGAUGCAGAACUGUGGAAAGACCAUAUUUAAAAGAACAAGUAUAGACAAGCUGAUGAACACCUUAGUUUUAUGGAUCUUUGCCUUCCUUAUUUGCAUGGGAGUCAUUUUGGCCGUAGGAAACACCAUGUGGGAGAGCUGGAUCGGAAGAAACUUCCAGGUGUUUUUGCCACGGGGUGAGAUUCAAAGCAGUGCUGUCUUCUCCGGCUUCCUCGCCUUUUGGUCUUAUGUCAUCAUACUCAACACGGUGGUGCCGAUCUCACUGUAUGUCAGUGUGGAGGUUCUGCGGCUCGGUCACAGUUACUUCAUAAACUGGGACCAGAAGAUGUACUGCGCGCAGACAGACACGGCGGCAGAGGCUCGCACCACCACCCUGAACGAGGAGCUGGGUCAGGUGGAGUUUGUCUUCUCGGACAAGACGGGCACGCUCACCCAGAACAUCAUGGUGUUCAGGAAGUGCUCAAUUAAUGGACACACGUAUGGUGACCUCUAUAAUGAAUUUGACCAGAAGGUGGAAAUCACAGAAAAAAGCGCCUGUGUGGAUUUUUCCUUCAACCCUCUCAGCGAUCAAAGAUUUCAGUUUUACGAUGGCAGCCUGCUAGAAGCGGUUAAACUGGAGGACGCAGCAGUGCACGAGUUCUUCAGACUGCUGGCUCUGUGUCACACCGUCAUGUCUGAGGAGAAGAGUGAAGGGGAUCUGGUGUACCAGGCCCAGUCUCCUGACGAAGGAGCCCUGGUCACUGCAGCUCGAAACUUUGGCUUUGUCUUCAGAGCCCGGACCCCUGAGAGCAUCACAUUGUGUGAGAUGGGACGAGCCGUCACCUACAGGCUGCUGGCCAUACUGGACUUCAACAACGUGCGCAAGAGAAUGAGUGUCAUUGUCAGAAAUCCAGAGGGUCAGAUCAAACUGUACUGUAAAGGAGCUGACUCUAUCAUCUUUGAGCGCCUGGAUCCAUCCAGUGAGGACCUCAUGCACACAACCUUGGAGCAUCUUAAUGAAUUUGCAGGAGAAGGGCUCCGAACUUUAGCUCUGACCUGCAAAGAUCUCGAUGAAGAUCAUUUUGACGUUUGGAUGAAGAAGCUCCUGUUUGCCAGCACUCUGAUUGAGAACCGCGAUGAUCAGCUGGCCGAGCUCUACGAGGAGAUCGAGCAGGGCAUGAAGCUUCUAGGAGCCACAGCCAUCGAGGACAAACUUCAGGAAGGCGUCCCUGAAACUAUCGCCUGUCUUAAUCUGGCUGACAUCAAGAUCUGGGUCCUCACAGGAGACAAACUAGAGACUGCAGUGAACAUCGGCUACUCCUGCAACAUGCUUCGAGACGACAUGAAUGAAGUGUUCAUUAUCUCUGGAAACACUCUGCUGGAGGUGCAGCAGCAGCUCAGGAAUGCUAAUGAGCAGAUUCUCGGCCUCAGUGGAGUUUGUGGUGCAGAGGACAGUGAUAAGACGGAGAUGUCUGCGGAUGACUCUGUGUUUGAAGAAAGCAUUAUUGCAGAGUAUGCCUUAGUCAUCAAUGGUGACAGUUUGGCUUACGCUCUGGAUCCGCAGCUGGAGCAUGUUUUGUUGGACUUGGCUUGUUUGUGUAAAACCGUGAUCUGCUGCAGGGUCACUCCCCUGCAAAAAGCGCAGGUGGUAGAGCUGGUGAAAAAGCACAAGAGGGCGGUCACUGUAGCCAUCGGAGAUGGAGCUAAUGAUGUCAGCAUGAUAAAAACUGCUCACAUCGGUGUUGGAAUCAGCGGUCAGGAGGGGAUGCAGGCUGUUCUAGCAUCAGAUUUCUCCUUCGCUCAGUUUCGGUACCUGCAGCGCCUCCUGCUGGUGCACGGCCGCUGGUCAUACCUUCGCAUGUGUAAUUUCCUGCGCUAUUUUUUCUAUAAGAACUUUGCCUUCACGUUGGUACACUUCUGGUACGGUUUCUUCUGUGGUUUCUCAGCUCAGACUGUUUAUGACCAGUGGUUCAUUACGCUCUUCAAUAUAGUCUACACAUCUCUACCAGUCCUUGCGAUGGGACUUUUUGAUCAGGACGUCAAUGACCAGAACAGCCUUCGUUACCCGAGCCUGUACAAACCCGGCCAGCAGAAUCUUCUGUUCAACAAAUCACAGUUUUUCCUGUGCACACUUCAGGGAUUAGGCACAUCCUUCCUGCUUUUCUUUAUUCCCUAUGGAGCAUUAUCUGUCAUGGUCAGAGAAGAUGGCUCCCACUUUUCUGACCAACAAACAUUUGCAGUCACAGUAGCAACAUCCUUGGUCAUCGUGGUAAGCGUUCAGAUUGGACUUGAUGCACAUUACUGGACAGCUGUCAAUCAUCUCUUCAUAUGGGGCAGUCUGAUAGUGUACUUUGCCAUAUUAUUUGCAAUGCAAAGUAACGGCAUGUUUGGGAUCUUUCCAAGUCAGUUCCCGUUUGUUGGAACAGCUCGUAACUGUCUGGCAGAGCAGAGUGUGUGGUUGGUCAUUCUGCUCACCUCUGUGGUGUGUGUGGUGCCCGGGUUAGUCGUCAGCUUCCUGAAAGUGGACCACUUCCCAACCCUGACAGAUAAGGUCCGACGUCUUCAACAGUAUAGAAAGAAGGAAGGACCUCAGAAGAAGAACCUGAAGCGAGUAAGCAGGACAAGCUCCCGCCGCUCUGCAUAUGCUUUCUCCCACCAGCAGGGCUACGGAGAGCUGAUCACCUCAGGCAAAAACAUGAAAGUGGGAUCUGUGUUUUCUGCUCGUUCCCCCGGAAGAACACCGAACCGCUUCGUCUGGAUAGAAAACCUGUUGAAGAAGAAGAAUGAAGUUUCCUGCAUCUCUGAUGAAAACAUAGAAACACAGACUGCACAGCAACAGUGCACAGGUUGAACAGCACUUAGGAUAAUUUUUUAAAAAUAUUUUUUUAUUACAAAGUUUGAGUAAAGUUUUUAAAUCCUACAACACAGGGAAACUUCAUUUUUUUAUACGUAUGAAUCUUGUGGACUCUGUUGAAUGUUUAAAGCCAGAACAUAUCAAGAGUGAUCUUUUCCAUAAAAAUCAGCCAAUUGAAAAAAAUUAUUUAAGAAAAUGUUUGAAUUUUUAUUGUGUAGGACGUUUUUUGAAUGUAGAAACUCAGCUCGACAAGAACAGGUGGAUUUAAGGACAAUAUAUUAUAUAUGACUUACCAAAGUUAAAGAAAGA